AUGAGCUGCAUGAUAGAAGGAAACCAAACUGUGAUCUCAGAGUUCCUCCUCCUGGGCCUGCCCAUCCCGUCACAGUACCAGCACCUGUUCUAUGCCCUGCUCCUGGCCAUGUAUCUCACCACCGUCCUGGGGAACCUUCUCAUCGUUGUCCUCAUUCAACUAGACUCUCAUCUGCACACACCCAUGUAUUCAUUUCUCAGCAACUUGUCCUUUUCUGACUUCUGCUUUUCCUCUGUCACGAUGCCCAAAUUGUUGCAGAACAUGCAGAGCCAAGUGCCUGCCAUCCCCUAUUCAGGAUGCCUGACACAAAUGUACUUUCUCUUGCUGUUUGGGGAUCUUGAGAGCUUCCUCCUUGUGGCCAUGGCCUAUGACCGCUAUGUGGCCAUCUGCUUCCCUCUACACUACACCAGCAUCAUGAGCCCCAAGCUCUGUGCCUCUCUAGUGCUUCUGUCCUGGGUGCUGACCACAUUCCAUGCUAUGCUGCACACCCUGCUCAUGGCCAGAUUGUCUUUCUGUGAGGACAAUGUGAUCCCCCACUUUUUCUGUGACAUGUCUGUUCUGCUGAAGCUGGCCUGCUCUGACACCCAUGUGAACGAGUUGGUGAUAUUCAUCACAGGAGGCAUCAUUCUUGUGAUCCCAUUUGUGCUCAUUAUUGUGUCCUAUGCACGGAUUGUGUCCUCCAUUCUCAAAGUUCCUUCUGUUCGAGGAAUCUGUAAAGCCUUCUCCACCUGUGGCUCCCAUGUGUCUGUGGUGUCACUGUUCUAUGGGACAAUCAUUGGUCUCUACUUGUGUCCAUCAGCUAAUAAUUCAAAUGUGAAAGAGACUGUGUUGGCUAUGAUGUACACAGCGGUGAUUCCCAUGCUGAACCCCUUCAUCUACAGCCUGAGGAACAGAGACAUGAAGGGAGCUCUGGACAGAGUUAUUUGUAGAAAGAAAAUUUUCUUCUGCAUAUGA